UAUUACUUGAUGGUGAUGACCCUUCCAUUCUUCUUGAUUACAGAUCUUUAAAUGGGAAGGAUGUCGAUUCCAAAUUUGGUGUUUUCUUUGAAGAAAUGGGUAAAUACUUUGAUGAACAGCUCUUACAUGUUAACGAAAGACGGCACGGGGAAGAACUUUACUUGCCAAUGGCAAUAUCCAUUGAGGAAUUAAGAGAUCAAAUUUCAAAGAGAGUACCUGAUGGCACACCAAUUCCGUGCAGUGAAACAGUACGCUUACAAUUUCAACCAAACAGUACAUUUCAAAAAACUGCUUUAAAGUAUUCUGGCAGGUUUAAUGUGAAAUUUCGAGUGCAAACACGUCUUGCAAGAGUUAACCAUGUUGACGCAAGGUAUGUCGCUACAUCAUUUAGAUAUUUGAAGGAGUUUUGCGUUUCAAAUCGUGAAAAUGUGACAUUUGUAUGCUUAGAUGAUAAGGCUAUCAUACCAGUUGGAGAACCUGGAAUACCUAUCAGUACAGGAGUAAGGGGACAUAACAAAGUUUUGACUCCCUCCGAUGGUCCAAAACUUGUAUGCACUGACCAUGAUUUCCAUGUUGCAGGUAUUGUGCCAUCUGUUACUUUUGUCUCUAGGAUACCACGGCACAGUAAUGACAGCUUUUUUAAUGGGAAAAUUUAUGUUACUACCAAAGACAAGGUUUUCCAACCAUCCACACCAUAUCGACAUGCAACAGAGCUCACCAGGAUUUUACGCGAACAUAAUUCUGAUGACAAUAUUAAUCUAAACACCCCAGUAUUGUGUUUGAUGACGGAUGGUGGGCCAGAUCACAGAGUGACUUUUGAAACGGUCAAACUAUCCCUUGUUCAGUUGUUCAUUCAACUUGAUCUUGACAUGUUGAUUGCUUUAAGAACUGCACCUAACCACAGCUGGAUGAAUCCCGCAGAACGUUGUAUGUCAGUUUUGAAUUUAGCAUUGCAACAUGUUGCUUUGGCACGAAAAGACAUGGAUCCUGUGUUUGAAAAUUCCGUCAAACACAAAUCUACCCUAAGUGCUGUGCGUAACUUGGCCAACAUCAAGACUGGUUUCAGAGAGGCUUUUGCUGAAUCUGUUGGAAGUGUUGUUGAACUUGUUAACGCUCGAUUCAAAAGAAUGAAACUCAAAAAUGAAUAUUUAGAAGCAUACACAGGCAUUCCAGAUGAAGAAAUUCAAGCAUCUCUUGAUGUUGUCUGUCGGGUCCUCAAUUCUGAUCUCACUGUUGAUAUGUCAACUGCAGAGUUGCGCAAAAUGAAAAACUUACAGACCUUCCUGUCAGAUCAUGGGAGCAGUUCUCAUUACAUGUUCCAGUUAAAAAAGUGCAGCAGUUGUGCAUACUGCACGGUCAUCAACCCCCCAAGGCUUCCAGAUGAUGAGUUCCAGAGUUUACACUUUCUGCCCAACCCCGUCGCUGGAGAAGAUGGUCAAUAUCUUUCUUUUCAAGAGAUGUAUGGACAGGAAACAGGGGAUGAACAUAGACCAAGUGCCCAAGUACGCGAUGAUCCUGCCAGUGUAAAUGAUCGAAUCAACCGGGAGAUAUUCAAGACCCAGAAGGUCCGGGACGUAAUUGUCUGUGGAGAGUGUUCCAAGCCAAGAUGUGUUUACAGUGAUAAAAAGCUAACCCGUGAACAAGAGGAGCUGCUGCUGCGUUUGAAAGAGGAACAUCUGUACACAUGUGGCGACUCAUUAGUUCCAGAAGAUGUAGAAGAUCCAGGCAUGGUUGUUCGAGAGGCAGUGAACUGUUUGACUGAAGUGGAGACAAGUUACUUCUCUACAUCGUUGAAACAUUACUUACCACCAGUGUGUGUUCACUGUGGAAAAGUUGACAAUCUGUUGGAUGACACAGACCCUUAUAUAUCUGCUCUUUAUGAGAAAUAUUCUGUUGUGCGACCUUUGUGUGAAUAUUGUAAAAACACUGGUAAAGAUGCCAGAACUUGGGGGAAAAAGUUUCUCCCCAAGAAGUGUAAAAGAUAGACAAUAAACUUGUGUUUCAGGAUGAUGCAUUUAAACUUUGGGGCAAAAGUGACUUUUUUGCCAAAAAUGACUUUUUUGCAAUAAAAUGUUAUCGCUCGCCUCUA